ACACUCAGUCGGGCAACACUGUCCCCUCAGCUGUCGCGCGGAGUUGUUUACAUACUUCGGUGGGGUGGCGAACCUUGCUAACCAGCUAAACUGCGCUUCCCAAGCCGAUCAUGGGGAUUUGCAUGAGCUGCUUCAAAGGCUCCGGCGCUGACGUAACUCCAUCGCCGAGACUUGAUGUGACCGUGAAGCGGCAACAAAUGGCCGAAGCCGCGGAGCGGAGACUCAAGGAGCAGGAGCACAGGGGAAUCAAAGAUCCCGAAAAAUUAAAGAGGCAACAGCAAAAGCGAGAAGAGCUUGAACAACAGCUUGCGGCCGGUGGGCCGGGCGAGGCGAAUUUGCGGUGGCAAGUCCAAUGAGUAGUUGAUCGACACCAACGUUGUUACCACAUGUAAAAAAAAAGGAACUGUGUUAACCGAAGAAACUACCUUUUGAGUGUUGUGCUGGUGUGCGUGAAUAAUUAUGUAUAUAUCUGAAAUCAAAAUAAAUGUUGCUGUAUAGAAA